AGAGGCGGCAGUGCCUGCAUUUUGCCGGUUGGGAAGGAAAAAUGCCGGUUGGGAAGGUAAAUAUAGCUGAUUUUGCCGGUUGGAUGGAUUACAAUUAUUGCCAAGUAAGAAGAAGGGACUAUGGUUGUGGAGACAGCCUGCUGUGAAAGCUAAACAGCUACAUGUCAGUAGGGUACCUGUAUCACAUGUUAAUUGCAUUCUCACCUUGCCAUUGGCACGUGUGCACCAACAGGCUAUCAAGAUAGGAAUGCCAUUUUGCAAAAGACACCUGCACAUCCACAUGUACACCUGCACCUUCUCUUACAAGAAUGUUGUAACUCAUUUCUUUACUAGGGCCUUGUAUAUAAGGUGUCAUGGUACAUCUGAAUAGCUAUAUAACCUAUAGUUGAAGUUUCUGUACUAGUAAUGGCUGCAUGUGUCACAUACAGUGACGCUGCAUGUUUCACAUACGGUGACACUAAAAUCCUUACUGCGCAUCCUGGAUACUGAAGGUAUGGAUCUAGCCUCAACAGCAGAUAGUGGACCUCCUGCAAAGAAGGUGAAAUUGCCAUCUGGCAUGCCGGCUAGCUACACAACAUGGGCAAGUACUCGGUCGUGGCUGACCUACCGGCUAGGUGAAGAUGGUUCACUGCCAAAAUUGUUCUGUAAAGUGUGUUGCCAGCGGUACGAUAAAACAAUGUUACCUGGAGGACACAACAGGGGAGCAUGGUCUACUAGAGGCUGUACUCGACUGAAGCUAGACGCAGUAAAGGAGCACGAGGAGUCUUGGCUACACAAGCAAGCUAUUGGUCACAGCAAACAAGCUGCACGUGUAGCUGAAAGUGGUGGCAUUCAAGGAAUGCAGAUACAGCACAUCCGAAACAAAAACAAGCAACAGGAUGCUGCAAUGUUGAAAUGCCUGCAAGCUCUGUACUGGAUAGCAAAGGAAGAUAUUGCUUUGAGGAAAUGGCAUAGUUUGAAAGAGCUACUAGGCCAGGUUGGUGUUGAUCUCUCCGCUAUCAGACUGGGUAAAAAUGCACACUACGACAGUGACCAAAUACUAGGAGAAUUUCUGGAAGCUCUCGCUGAAGUAGUUCAUGAUGAAACAUCGUCUCUUAUUCAGCGAUCUGCAUUUGUGGGAGUCAUGGCAGAUGAGACAACUGAUGUUAGCAAUAUCUGUCAGCUUGACUUACACCUUCGCAUUGUUUGUGAUGGUGUAGUUAGGUCUCGUUUUGGUACUUUCCAACCCGUACCUAACACUACUGCCUACACUUUGACCAAUGCAAUAUGUGAGUGGUGUGAAGACCGUGGAGUCAACCUCCGUCGUCUGCACUUUGGCACAGACGGAGCAAGCAAUUUUACUGGCCGCCACAGUGGCGUUGCCAGCCGAAUGAAAGCAGUCAAUCCACAUCUUGUGCAUGUGCACUGCGUUUGUCACCGUGAGGCCUUAGCAGUAUCUGACGCGUGCAAAGACGUCCCCUACUUAAAUAACGUAUUCCAGCCAACGCUGGGAGGAGUAUUUCGCUUUUUUCAUAACUCGCCAGUGAGAGAAGCAGCUCUGCAUGCUGUACAGGUACUGUUUGACAAAACUGAGACUUACCUUAAAGAACCCAAGUUUGUACGGUGGUUGUCGCAUGAGGCUGCAGUAAAAGCCUUUGUAAACUGUUUCCCAGCAUUGAUAGUAGCUCUUAGCCGCGAAGCCUCUGAAAGAAAAGACGCUGCUGCAAAGGCAUACCUUGCUCAUAUCUCAAAGGUAGAGUUUGUUGCUUCCUUGCUAAUGCUUCAAGAUUUGCUACCUCACCUGACUCGGCUUUCGAAAGUGUUUCAAAAAUCCAGUUUCAACUUUAGCGAUUUGCAGCCAGCACUAGAUGUAGCUAUGGCAUCCGUAGAGCAGCUCCGAAUAAUGCCAGGGUCUAACGAGCAACAACUUGAACAGUUUCUGGAGUCUGCAAAUCUUACGAUCCGAGACUUAGAUCUUAAGAGACGCAGAUGGAGAGAAACAGUUCGAAAUACUUAUUUUGAUAAACUUGAGCAAGGUUUGAGAGACCGAUUUCCUGCAAUGCCGUUGCUUGCAGCAUUAAGCAUAUUUGAUCCUGUAGCAAUUAUUGAAAUGUCAAUGUCAGACGUGUCUUCUUUUGGCAACGAUCAUUUGGAAGUUUUAUUAAACUUACUCGGUCAACCUCACCAAGUUAGUGUUGACGGUGUUAAGGAAAUUGUUAGGCCACUUGUAGAUUCUGCGGAUACCAGAGUGGAAUGGGUACAUGCAAAAUCUGUCAUCAGAGCAGACACACGAUUUCAUCAGUGCAAAGCUAGUGCCGAGCUAAUAGCCACACUUCAUCGACAUUAUUCAUGGGACCUACCAAACCUUCUCAGUGUUGCUGAUUGGGGUUUAGCUAUACCAUUGUCAACUGCAGAUAGCGAACGCGAUUUUAGCAAGCUCAAAAUUAUAAAGAAUGCUCGUCGAAACCGUCUACAGUAUGCUACUCUCAAUCGAUUGAUGCAGAUAUCUGUUGAUGGUCCUCCAGCAGCAGAAUUUCCGUUUCAGACUGCUCUGCGGAAGUGGCACGGGAAAAAGACAAGGCGGGUACCCUCUAAAAGCUACACACCGGUGUCUGUACCAGCAGCGUCUCAACAUUCUGUAACAAAGUCGUGUUCUAGCAGUUCAAUGCUUGUUCCAAUUUCGGCUACCACUGGUUCACCUGCUCCAAGUCCCCUUGGGGAAAUACUCACUGACCCCCUACCACCUGGCAGUACCAGUUCUGCCGUGCCUACUGUCUCAUCAUUGGUUCCUACUUCAUCACCUGUGACACUUGCAAAGCAGAAAACAAUCAAAACAUUCUUUUCCAGCGUAGCGUCUUCAGAGCAAUCACCAUCACCGUUGUUACUGAAGGAAAAUAAACAACACCGCACACUUCCAACUAGCAUUACAGUAUCAGCUGCUGUUCCUGCUGCAUCUGUUCCUUGCAGUACAAUCCCUUCGGAUGUAACUGAUAAACAAUUUGGACGGCAAGUGGUUUUGCUUCCACGCCAUCAAUGUCAGAGUCGUAUAGACGGUAGAAAUGGUUCAAACGCGUGCACAAUAAUUUGUGCCUUGUUUUGCAAGGAACUCAUUUCAACCGAAUCAGCAUUGUGUGGCAAUUGCUCUCACCUUCAGUCAAUGAUGUGCAACUGCAUGAUGGAAGGAAACAAGAUGUACGAUCGAUUAGGACUAACAGGUAUGUACUCGUGCAGUGAAGUCGUCAACCUCAAACCUGCAAUAGGGGUUUCAAUCUGUCAAGACUUCUUUAUAACGCCUGAACAGUGUCAUGAAAUUUUUGACAACCUUCAAUCACAGGCAGAGUGCAACGUAAAUGGUCGUUCUGCAGGCGUGCUAGUGAUUCAUCCGUUUUCUUUUGCUGUAGCAGUAGACCGUGGACUUACAGUUUUUUUUGACAGCCAUUCUCACGGCGAAAACGGUGCUCUUCUUGCUAUUGUUUCGUUUGCUGAUAGCAAGGCUUAUUUCGAGAAGUUCCUAAACACGUACUAUGCUUUCUUGAAGUAUGAUGGCAGUGUAAGAGGAAAGUACGCUCAACUUAGUAUAUUGUGCCUCUAGCGGUAACUGACAGAACAUUCUAAUACGAGUUAUUAUCAUAAUGAUUGAGUUAAUUAAUAGUUGGAAACGUAGUUGCUACGUGAUGCGUCUUCUACUUCUACGUCUCAUUGUAAUUUCCAAGUAAUAGCAACAUUGCAGCAGAAAUACAUACACAGAAAUUAGCUGUUUCCGUGCAGAGUACUCCGUUUCUCUCUCUCUCUCUCUCUCUCUCUCUCUCUCUCUCUCUCUCUCUCUCUCUCUCUCUCU